UUGUGUUUAGAAUGUCAAACUUAUGGAACAAUACAACACUUGUAUGCAAUGAAUUAGUGACUACUGAAUACAAUGGAAUCAUAUCAGCAAUUUGCGCAGUGUUUUGUCUUUUUGGGUUGGUCUAUACAUUCUUUGGAUAUCGAUGUUUUAAAGCCGUGAUGUUUCUCAGUGGAUUAAUAUUCGGCGGAACAACAGUUUUCCUCAUGUGUCGAGAGGAAAGAAUAUUUCAGCAACAAGUUUCAAUGGAAGUUGGGGCAGGUAUCGCAGCUGGUAUUGGCAUUUUGUGUGGGUUUAUCACCAUGCUAAUCAGAUACGUUGGCCUCUUUCUUCAAGGAUUUUUCUUGGGUACACUCUUAGCUAUUGGAGCCAUCCUUGCAUUACAAUCUUUCUACAAUCCCUCAACUGCGUGGAUUCCGGUGGGAAUUCUUUUUGGCACUGGUGUCUUAUUUGCGCUGUUGACCCUGAAAUUUCAAAAGGGUUGUAUUAUAUUAAGCACUGCUGUUCUUGGGAGUGCUCUCAUUACUGUUUGCAUUGAUUACUUCAUUGAACAAUUUAUUUUAUUGCGAUUCAUAUGGGAAGCACUAAUGGCAGCAGGAAGUAUACAAGUUUGCUGGUAUACCUGGCUUAUCUUGGCUGUGUGGCCUUCAUUAUCUUUUGCAGGUGCCUUGCUACAAUGGAGAGUAACAGGAAAAGGAUAUGAUCACACUGAUGUUAUCAUCAUGAAUCGACGACGCAAACAAGUUCGUACUCACCUUGUACGUGAACGACCUGCGUCAACCCGAAGAACUUCUGAACCUCGUGCUGCUCGUGCAACUCGACAGUCUCGUGCACCUCGAGAGUCUCAUGCUCCUACACAGCGUUCGACAAGGGACCAACGCACAUCCCGUCAACCUGAGCCCCGACACCCCCCUAUAAGUCACAUUGAAGAUGAAAUUGUGGAAGAAAUUCCCCCACCAAGUGGAGAUAUGCCACCGAGUUAUUUUGAAUGUGUUGAGCUUGGGGUUGGAGAACCAGUGUCAUCUCAACAUCAAGUUGUACGGACAGAACAUGGGUCCUAUGUUACCCGGGACCAAAAUAGGGGUAGGGGAAACAUUAGGGGGGAGCUUAUACAGGGGGUUCAAACUGGGGCAGGAUACUCUGUAGCGCCGGCGAGUGGCGGGUACGUUGAAAACGCACAGUCACGUCAUAAUCAAAGACAAUCAGGUCGUAGAUCCGAUCCUGAUCACCAAAGAAUCGAACAGUUUUCAUCUAACGCUAAUUCUAGUAGUCAGCCACAAGCUGAAGCACAGCGUUCGCGUCACCGCGGUCGCAAACGCGGCAGUGACAUGCAGUCAUUAAUAGAUCAACCGCGCUCGAAUCGUGACGCUGUAGCCGAGCACGCUAGGCGAGUGAUGGAAGCACAGAGCAGACGUACGCGUCAAACUGCUGGAGACGUCGCUGGAACCCAACCUGGAUCUUCAGCGCCCCCUAGGGGAUAACACAAAGUGUUGACGCUUAUACACACCACCCGUUUCCAAAUAUUCGGUUGACAUGAGAAAACAAAUUAUUAUCCGGUAUACAAUAUUCCAAAAUUCUUAACAUAACUUGCACAUCAUAUUUCUAGUUUUUUGGUCAAAACUCCUACCAACACAAAAAAAAUUAUCAAAAACUUUUUAAAUAAUUUUGCCGUUAACCAAAAAAAGUUACGAAUCCUUUACGUUUAACGUUAAUUUAUAGCCGAUUUCAAUAGUUUUAGUACAGUUAAGGCUUAAUCGUGUGAAUAUUAUUUUGCUGGUCAAAUUGUGUAUAGUUUAACUGCCAAUUUUAAAUUUGCAAUUUUUAACGUUUCACCAGCCAAUAGUAUUUCAGUAUUUCCAAAGACAGUGCCAUUCCAUUUGUUUGUGACUCAACAUAAGAAAUUUAUUUUUCGUUUUUCAUUAUUUUCUAUCUUUUUCUUUCCGUGUACAAAGCGAUAGCAGUUGUACUACCUGCAGCCGCAUGAAUGUAUUAUUGAGCUUAUUUCCAAUUGCUACUUUUUAAGAAUUUUAUCAAACAUAGCUUAUUACGCUUUUCAUGAUCUCGUUUUGUGAUGUAUGCCAAGAAAUUUACGAAAGUGAACGAA